AAAGUAACGGCACUUGCUCUAAGUAAAUAAUUUCCUCUCUUACCCAACCGGUGGCUCUUUUCCGUGUUUCACGUUAUAUAAAUUGGGGACUUGGGGGCUGGGUCACAAUGCGUCGAAGUGAGAGGGCUAUCAAUGCGUGGUACCGUUUUCUGUGAUUCUGCUCAGUGUGGGUUUCGCAGUUCGCGACCGUCAGUGUGCCACACGCGCCAGCUAUAAACCGCAAACUGGGGAGAAAAUUCGUGAUUUUGUGAAAUGUGAACUGUUUUUCACCGAUCUUGGACGAAAUUGCACUAGGAGCCAAAAUGGUGGUUUAUUCGUGGAGUUGGUCCUGGGUGAUCCUUCUUGUGUUUCAUUCGCGUCAUACAACAGCAGGCUUAAUCCGGCACACGCGGGAAGUGUACCCGGAAAUCGGGCCCGGAAUCGACGAAACCCAAGUCUGUUUCGUCGGAGAUGUGGUUUACGCCUCCGGUGAGGCGGUUCCGGCGGACCAGCCCUGUCUCAAAUGCAAAUGCCAACCGCCCGGAGUCCACUGCGAGACGGUCCGGUGUGCCAAAAAGUCCGGCUGCAAGGCGGUGCAUCGGCCCGGAAAGUGCUGCCCGGACUACCAGUGUGAAUGUUUUCACGAGGACAAAGUUUACGCAAAUGGCGAACGCCUGAAUUCCUCAGCAGGAAACGAGUGCAAAGUGUGCUAUUGUCGAGGGGGCGAAAUCCAGUGCACCCAAGUCUCCUGCUACACUCGGCGGGACUGCGAGGCCAAAACGGUCCCCGGCCAGUGUUGCCCCAAAUACGACCAUUGCCCACCGCUUGAAAACCGCGAGAAGAUCACAAUCCAGGAGAUAAUCCCUGAAAAACCUGAAAACUCCACAAACGAAGUCGGCGAUUCAGAGGCCGAAUCGAGCGAAAUCUCGGAAGUUUUUCAGCAGCCCCCUUCAGUUCUGCGCAUCGGAGACAAGCUUCUCUUCCUGAAAAAGGGCGAAUUGGUCCCUGAAAAAAACAUAACGACGCCGGCGUCGGUCAUCACAGUCAUCGGGGCCGAAGGCCUAGAACGCGGGACUGAAGAAAGCGCUGAAACUGAAACGGCCGAUUCCGGGGAAUCCCACAUUCUCUCACUGGUGAAAAAACCGACUGAAACGGACAUUGAGGUGUACACUGAAAGGGAACUCGAGACGGAAAGUGUGACUUACGACACUUUAUUGAAGGAAAGUCCCACUUACCGGCCUGAUGUUGAAACCACGACAAAUCGGGAGGAAUAUGCCACUUUCGCGCUCGAUUCGCGUGAGAGUCUCGAGGAGGCGGCUGAAGGGGCUGAAAACGCCAGUGUUGAAGCUGAAACCACUCUGAAUCCGCUGAAACAGGACGUGGAGUUGAUCAACACGACGAAAAUCAAACGCGAAUCUGAAUCCGAAUCCGUUUUCAGGGAAUUGGAGUCGGAAUUGAACUCCACUGAACGCGUCCAAAGCGAGGAAGAGGCCAAAAACGAGUCCGAGAGGAUUUUCAAAGAGCUUUUGGACGAGACUAGCACUCCGAAAACAAGGAGUAAAAAUGAGAAUUUGGACCGGAUUACUGAUGCCAUCGCCAAAUUGACGCUGAAAGGCAAGAAGGGGGCUUUCGAGCCCCAAUCUUCGAAUGUUUUAGGUUUGUUGUCGAAUUUUUUCACUGGGAAAAAAUAAUGUAUGUUGCCAUUGUGUGUUUGUUACAUAUCAUCAUUAGUGAAGCGUCAUUAUGACUUUUCUAAAGUGUUUAUUUAUUAAUCAUGCAUUUUAAUGUUAGUUGUGUUAAUUUAUGUAAUUAUUAUGAGAAAUAAAUGUUUUAUUAUGAA